UCAGCCCCGCGCGCCCGGUCCCCGCUCGCUCGGCGGCCUCAGCGGAGGCGGCUGCUUGGCGAUCGCGCUCCUGGGCCGGGAGCCCGCUCUGCCCCCGGCGCCGGGACUGCGCGCGGCGCGUGGACGUUGCGGGCUUUGUUCGGCAUUGUCUGCGCCCACCUGAGCGCGGCCUUUCCGGGAAGGGCGCACCUGGCGCGCCCGGCCGGCCCCCGGGGAGUGAGCGUGGCUCCCGGGAGGUGCCGUACACAGCUGUACCAACAUGCCCCGUGUCCUGCUGCUGGGAGCCGCGUGCGUUUUCCUGUUUGCCAGAGUGCCCCCCGCCCACCCUCUUCAGGAAAUGCACGUGAGCAGGGAGACCAUCGGGAAGAUUUCAGCAGCCAGCAAAAUGAUGCGCUGCUCGGCUGCAAUGGACAUCCUGUUUCUGUUAGAUGGCUCUCACAGCGUCGGGAAGGCAAGCUUUGAGAGGUCCAAGCGCUUUGCCAUCACAGUCUGUGACGCCCUGGACAUCAGCCAAGAGAGGGUCCGAGUGGGAGCAAUGCAGUUUGGUUCUGCCCCUCAUCUGGAAUUCCCCUUGGAUGCAUUUCCCACACGACAGGAAGUGAAGGCACAAGUCAAGAGGAUGAUUUUCAAAGGAGGGCGUACAGAGACGGGCCUCGCCCUGAAACGCCUUCUGCACGGAGGCUUCCCCGGGGGCAGAAACGGCUCCGUGCCGCAGCUGCUGGUCAUCGUCACCGACGGGAAGUCCCAGGGGCACGUGGCGUCGCCGGCCAAGCAGCUGAAGGAAAGGGGCGUCACUGUGUUUGCCGUGGGGGUUCGGUUUCCCAGGUGGGAGGAGCUGCACGCCCUGGCCAGCGAGCCGUGGGAGCAACACGUGCUGUUGGCAGAACAGGUGGAGGACGCCACCAACGGCCUUCUCAGCACCCUGGCCAGCUCUGCCCUCUGUACCAUCCAUGCUCCAGACUGCCGGGUGGAGGCUCACCCCUGUGAGCGCCGGACGCUGGAGACGGUCAGGGAACUCGCCGGCAGCGCCCCCUGCUGGAGGGGUUCGCGGCAGACCGACGCUGUGCUGGCUGCGCGCUGUCCCUUCUACAGCUGGAAGAAAGUGCUCCUCUCCCAUCCCGCCACCUGCUACAGGACCACCUGCCCAGGCCCGUGUGAUGCCCGUCCCUGCCAGAACGGGGGCACAUGUGUUCCAGAGGGGCUGGACAGAUACCACUGCCUCUGCCCGCUGGCCUUUGGAGGGGAAGCCAACUGUGCCCCAAAGCUGAGCCUGGAAUGCCGCAUCGAUGUCCUCUUCCUGCUCGACAGCUCUGCGGGCACCACCCUGGAGGGCUUCCUGCGCGCCAAGGCCUUCGUGAAGCGGUUUGCACAGGCCCUGCUGAGCGAGGACUCCCCGGCCCGCGUGGGCGUGGCCUGGUACAGCAGGGAGCUGGUGGUGGCGGUGCCCGUCGGGGAGUACCAGGACGUGCCCGACCUGGUCAGGAGCCUUGACCACAUUCCCUUCAGCGCCGGCCCCACCCUGACGGGCAGCGCCUUGCAGCAGGCCACCGAGCGUGGCUUUGGGAGCGCCAUCAGGGCAGGCCAGGACCGGCCACGCAGAGUGCUGGUCCUGCUCACCGAGUCGCGCUCCCAGGACGAGGUGGCCGGCCCGGCGCGUCGUGCCAGGGCCCGAGAGCUGCUGGUGCUGGGCGUGGGCAGCGAGGCUGUGCGGGCAGAGCUGGAGGAGAUCACGGGCAGCCCGAAGCACACGAUGGUCUACACAGACUCACAGGACCUGUUCAACCAAAUCCCCGAGCUGCAGGGGAAGCUGUGCAGCCGGCCGCGGCCAGGCUGCCAGGCCCAAUCCCUGGACCUGGUCUUCCUUUUGGACGCCUCGUCCUCCGUGGGCCCCGAGAACUUUGCCCACAUGCAGAGUUUCCUGAGAAGCUGUGCCCUCCGGUUUGAUGUGAACCCCGACGUGACGCAGGUCGGCUUGGUGGUGUACGGCAGCCGGGUGCAGGUUGCCUUUGGGCUGGACGCCCACCCGACCCGAGCGGCAGUGCUGCGGGCCAUGAGCCAGGCUCCUUACCUGGGUGGGGUGGGCUCGGCCGGCACGGCCUUGCUGCACGUCCACGACCAGGUGAUGACAGUCCAGAGGGGCGCCCGGCCUGGCGUCCCCAAGGCCCUGGUGAUGCUCACAGGUGGGAGAGGGGUGGAGGACGCCACCGUCCCUGCCCAGAAACUGAGGGACAACGGUGUCUCUGUCUUGGUCGUGGGCGUGGGGCCCGUGCUGAGAGAUGCGCUGCGGAGACUGGCAGGUCCCCGGGACUCCCUGAUCCAUGUGGCAGCUUACGCCGACCUGCAGUACCACCAGGACGCUGUCAUCGAAUGGAUUUGUGGAGAGGCCAGGCGACCCGUCAACCUCUGCAAACCCAGCCCGUGCAUGAACGAGGGCACCUGCGUCCUGCAGAACGGGAGCUACCGCUGCGAGUGCCGGGGCGGCUGGGAGGGCCCCCACUGUGAGAACCGGGUCUUGAGAGGCGACGCACCCCAGGCACUAGGCCCCCACCAAGAGCCUGCGGGAAGACAGCGGCCAAACCCUUCCCUGCAGCCUCACGGGAGGCUGGGGCAUCCUGGACGCUGAAAGUCUGGCUUCUGGGAGCCCGUGGGGCAUCUGCUUCCUGCUCUGUCCAGAACCCUUCUGCCCACUGCCCACCAGCCUCGCCCGGGAGAACUUCCCAGCUGCCGACAGUGCUCACGGACAGUGGCAGCAGCCGGUGUCACCCACUGAUGGCAAUGCUGGAAACUCUGGAUGCAUCAUCAGUAAAUAUUUUCUGUGCCUGGUGGUGGCUUGUUGAGGUAUGUCACCUGCCAGCUUGCUUUCCCCUGAGGAUCCUGGAGACACCAGGAUGUGUCUGAGGCUCACUCUGUAUAACUAGUGCAAGGCAGAGCACUGCGGAGACGGCCCUGCCCCACACAGGGUGUUUGCCUAGAGCAUCGUUCAGACCACGGGAGCAAUGACAUUUCCAGGUGGAAAAAGCAGGGGCUUUUUCACUGCCCCAGGUCUCCUGGAUGCUUUGAGUGGCACCUGUGACCUUCCCCAGUGACUGGAUUGGAUCUAUGUGUGUAGGAGACCAGGAAAGUACCUGGCCAGUGAACUGCCUUGUUUGUCUACUGGGGGAGAGCUGAGCAUACAAACGGCCCCGGUCUGUAGAGGCCGUGUGCAGUCGGUCUGGGCAUGGGCAGCUUACUUUGUUCACUUAGGACGGGUCGCUGUGGAGGUGUUCACUGGGCACUCCUUACUCCUUUUCAUGGGCAAAGAGGAGGGGAAUUCUUAGGGUCAACAGAGGAUAAAGAAAGCUUAAGGAGUUUUUUGCUUUGUAAAGCAUAGAUCUGGUGUUGCCUAGAUUUUGUGUUUUCUUUUGCUUUUUUUUUAAAUGCCUGCUUUUAAAAGGAUUUAAAGAACUACCCCCACGAAAUGCUGUUGGUUACUUAUUUAAUGGGAAUGGUUGUAGUUAUGCAGCAGUGAGGCGCACCUGGGAUAUUUUCUGGCAAACGAGGUCCUUCCUCACCCCUGCAGCAUCUGGUAAACGACUCUUAGCCCUCGUCAUGUUGUCUAGGUUGGGUUUGCAGUAGAAACCUUUGUAAGGAUCUGACGGAAAUCCUGAGACUUGAUCAUGGUUUUUCUGUUAAAUGUCAGUACAGACUCACGCACCACGCAAUGGUGUUUUUGGUCCACUCUGGACUGCACAUAGGAUGGAAGUCCCCCCCAGUGGCAUCAGCCCUAACUUAAGUCUGUGCAGGUGUCCACGAGGGUGUUCCCGCGGGGCAGGGUCGCCCAUCAGCGUGGUUCUCCCAGCACAUCCCCGUCGUUGGCACGGCUGUCUUCUAGUGUCGUGUUCUACGUACAGAAGUAGGGCUGCUUUGAGUUAAAUGCCACUCAGCUUUCAGAACUUCAGGAUUUCUGGUGUCAGAAGAGGGCCUGAAGCGUUAAUGCCCCAUGGUACCAUUAUCGUUAGACUUUAAGUGUCUGCUGUCCCAGGCACUGAAUCAUGACAAUCGUGUCUGUGCCAGGGAAUCUUUUUUUUUUUUUUUUUUUUUUGACAGGCAGAGUGGACAGUGAGAGAGACAGAGAGAGAGGUCUUCCUUUGCCGUUGGUUCACCCUCCAAUGGCCACUGUGGCCGGCGCGCUGCGGCCAGUGCACCGCGCUGAUCCGAUGGCAGGAGCCAGGAGCCAGGUGCUUUUCCUGGUCUCCCAUGGGGUGCAGGGCCCAAGCACCUGGGCCAUCCUCCACUGCACUCCCUGGCCACAGCAGAGAGCUGGCCUGGAAGAGGGGCAACCGGGACAGAAUCCGGCGCCCCAACCGGGACUAGAACCCGGGGUGCCGGCGCCGCUAGGCGGAGGAUUAGCCUAGUGAGCCGCGGCGCCGGCCUUGUGCCAGGGAAUCUUGAUUGAUAAUCUUCUGUCCGUCACAGGGGGCCCCAUCAGGGCAGGAGCCCAUGGCCACCCAGCAGAUGUCAGAAAUUACAUGACUAAGAGCAGUCAUCAGUGCGUGAUGUCAGCGUCUUGUUCAGGGAUAACAUCAGGAGACCCAUCCCAGUUCCUUGGACCCAAACAACAAACUCUGGACGCCUGCGCUGAAGGCCUUCGCUGUUUGUUUUUAGCAGCCAGCGUCCCAGCUCUUGCAACCUUUCUUCAGCCUUUGCUAGUGACGAUGGUACUGAUGAGUUAGACUUUUUCUGUGUCCCAGUAGCAGCAGAGGGAAUUCCCCGUUUCAGUGCCUGACCAUUGUGCUUUUUUUUUUUCACUUAGAAGGAACGAAAGCUUUCUCUUCUGACUUUAAUUAUACAGUGAAGACCUUGCAAAUAGGUCAUACGUUGCCUUUGGUUUUCUCUGAAUGACCCUGAUUUUAGGCACCCUGCUGAGUGCUCUCGUUCUAAGAGUUAAUUUUUUUUUUUUUCUGGACAAGUGUCCCUUCCAAAUAGUUCUGUCUCUUCUUUUGGAAGUUGUAUGCCAUUUUUUCUUGGCAUUUUGCAUUAUUUAGGACCUCCGGAGUAACGGUUUUUAAAGUAGUGGUAACAGUACAUAUCCACAUCUGGUUCUUGGCUAAAGCCACUUUCUCACUAUGAUAGUUGUUUUCUGCAGGUUGCUUUAUCAGGUUAAGGCCCCCUUCUGUUAGAUGACCAGGUGUUUAUUGUGAGUGCUGAGAUUUCUGGUGUGCUUUCUCCUUUUCCUUUGAGACUGUUUUUCAGUCUCAAAUUAUUAACUCUGUUAAAUGUGAUAAAUGACACAUUUGUAUAUUCUCAAUAAUAAACCACCUUUGAUUCUUUGGAGAACUCUUUGGUCAUGAAACAUUAUUCUUUAAACAUUGCCAAAUUUAAUUUUGCCAGUAUUUUAUUUUUUCAAGAUUUUAUUUGAGAGGUAGAGCUACAGAUAAAGACAGAGAGAAAGGUCUGCCUUCCACUGGUUCACUCCCCAAACGGCCUCAACGGCUGGAGCUGCACCAAUCUGAAGCCAUGAGAUUCUUCUGGGUCUCCCACACGGGUGCAGGGAGCCAAGCAUGUGAGCCAUCUUCUACUGCUCUCCUAGGCCAUAGCAGAGAGCUGGAUGGGAAGAGGGGCAGCCAGGCCUAGAACUGGCACCCAUAUGACAUGCCAGUGCUGCAGGCAGAGGAUUAACCUACUGAGCCACAGUGCCAGCCCUGCUAGUAUUUUAUUUAAGAAUUUUUCAUCUAUUUCCAAAAAUUAGGUAUGGUUUUUUCUUUUGUUAUGUGAAUAUUUUUUUUUUACCAGAACUGUGGUAACUUUAUUCUUUAAAGCUUUUAUUUAAUUAAUGCAUUUUUCAUAGGUACAACUUUAGGAAUAUAGUGGUUCUUUCCCCCAUACCCAUCCUCCGACCUGAGCUAUGGUAACUUGAAAAUGGAGAACACUGGGCCGCCUCUUCAGUUCUCCUGUUUCACACUAAAUACUCACGUCGUCUUUUCAUUGAGCCACAUUUUGCCUCUUUAUACUGCGAACCUCCCUAGUUUCUGCUUAGCAGGAGUGUGUGUAACUUCUUGUUGCCUCUAUAUGAUCAGCUUCUGUAGUUGUCUCGUGUAUUUGGCACAUUGUUGAUGAUGUCAGAAUCUUCUUUCAGCUUUAAUUCCUUUUUUUUUUUUUUUUUUUUUUUUGACAGGCAGAGUGGACAGUGAGAGAGAGAGACAGAGAGAAAGGUCUUCCUUUGCCGUUGGUUCACCCUCCAAUGGCCGCCGCGGCCGGCGCGCUGCGGCCGGCGCACCGCGCUGAUCCGAUGGCAGGAGCCAGGAGCCAGGUGCUUUUCCUGGUCUCCCAUGGGGUGCAGGGCCCAAGCACCUGGGCCAUCCUCCACUGCACUCCCUGGCCACAGCAGAGAGCUGGCCUGGAAGAGGGGCAACCGGGACAGAAUCCGGCGCCCCGACCGGGACUAGAACCCGGUGUGCCGGCGCCGCUAGGCGGAGGAUUAGCCUAGUGAGCCGCGGCGCCGGCAAUUCCUUUCUUGAUUUAAGCCUUGGGAUGCCACUUUGUAAUUCUACCAGAGUUUACUACAUGGAUGAAGCUCAGUGUGCAAAUAACCAAAACAUUUCCCCAGGCCCUGCCCCAAGUCAUUACAUGAAAGACAGAAAACCCAAAAUAUAAUGAAAAUUUUAUUAAAAAAACAAAA